AUGACGACUCGGCUGCGCUGCCUCCUUCAGGUGUGCCAGCGUUGCCCGAGUCAGACCCAGAGUUCACGGCUAUGCUUUCUCCGGCCGCCGCAAGUGUCAGGCUCGAGUGGAACCCUCCACCGUGUCCCGAACCUUCGCGGCUGGACGAUUGGUAUCUCGGGUAUUCUCAGCGCCCCGCCCCAGUGCCUUUCUUUCCAGAAGUGCAUGAAGAGGUUACCAGAGCAUGAACGGCACCUUUUUCUGCCCGAAACCGUUCUGGUGCCUCUUCUUCCCUCACUACCCUCGACGGCGGAGCAGCUAAGGGUUACGUGGAGAUCCCCCCAGUGGAGCGGUCUGUGGCAAUGCAGCUGUGUCCCAAGAUCGCUACCUCCUGGCGGGGAAAUCCGCACCUCCCCUCCCGGGCAUGUCCAGGAGCGACACCUGUGGCUGUGUUCCUCCAGCCGAUAUGAAGACAGGGUUAUACAACCCCUACUUCAUUGUACCCAAGAAAGGCGAGCUCCAGUGAUGCCCAUGUUCCAGAUCAUGUCCUUCAUCAUCAUCAUCGUCAGCUCUGUGUUUCUACACACUCACUCAGCUGAUGGUAAUACCUACUCUGCAGUGAUGCCUCAGACAGUAACAGCUCUGACAGGCUCUUGUGUGCAGAUUCCUUGUACAUUCAACAUCUCCAGUUUGGAGGACAAACGUAACAAGGCAAAAUCUAUUUAUGGGAUCUGGGUAAAAAAGAAACCCCAGUUUGCUGAUGAAGACGGUUUUAUAGCUUUUAAUAGCAGCAAAAACAUCAUAAGAGGAUUUAGUGACAUACAGAUGACUGGAAAUCUCAGUGAGAGGAACUGCACAACUGUCUUCUAUAACAUCAUGAUGAAUCAUUCAGAUUUUUACUACUUCAGACUGGAAAUGGAGCCAAAUCUGUUCAGAGGAACGUUUCACACCAAUACAGACGAUUUAAGUAAGACUGUGAGGAUCACUGUCAAAGAUUCACCACAACCUCCUGAACUUAAACCCACUGAUCUGAAACCAGUAAUGGAGACCACAACAGUCAGUCUGAGCUGCUCCGCUGAAGCCCCCUGCCCAAAACAACCUCCUACAUUAUCCUGGUCUUACAUCCCUGAAUCUGCCCACAUUACAACACAGUUACAGGAGAAACCUGAUAAAACCCAGUCAGUGUUUUCACACAUGACCUUCAAAGCUUCAUACAUGGAUAACAGAAAGAACAUCUCCUGCACUGCUACAUAUCCAAGAAAAUCAUCUAAAGACUCAACUGUGGAGACCACCGUGAUGCUACGAGUCCUGUUUUCUCCAAAAGAAACUCGCAUCACCAUCGAUCCAUCGGCUUCAGUCUCUGUUAACACUAGUGUGACUUUGACCUGCAAAAGCAAAGGCAGUCCAUCAAGAGAAAUGAACUACACCUGGUACAAACGUGGACAGGAGAUGGCUAUAGCUCAGGGAAAGCAGAUUACCUUCAAUGGAACUCAAAAUAAUGCAGGAUGGUAUUCCUGCACUGCACAGAAUGAACACGGAAAACAGUCAUCAGCAGAGAUCCAGCUCACAGUUGAAGAACAAGAUGGACACUUAAUGCCUCUGAUUGUUGGUUGUGUGGGAGGAAUUGUGGCAGUGCUCACGCUCUCUGCUCUUGGGUUUUGUGCAAGGAGAAAGAUUUUCAACGAACCCAGUGCCAAUGAAAAGAAUCGUUCUGGUCAGGUUAAAAUCACAGACGUGGAUUAUAUCAAGACUGCCAGUUACAUCACGACCAAUGAAAUGUCUGAUGAUGAAACACUGAUCAUCUACUAUGAAAAGACUGACAUCUCAGAGCAACAGAACUUCUGCAUCACAGAGACACUCUUCAAGCAUGAUGAAUACACAGAAAUAGAGUACAGGGUACCUUAG